AUGACGAAAUCCAGGGAGCAACGUUUGGCCGAGGAGGUAAAAGCGGCGACACCUAACGAGAAGGGUACAUACUGGAUGUCGACAAGCGAACAGCUUCGACUUCAUUGGAGGGAUGUCUGCUCUACUGACGAAUUCAUUCACAUGCCCUACAAACACCAGAAGAAAACCUCGGAAGAAUUCUACGGGUACAUCGAGAAGAGUUUUCUUAACGCUAUAGACUUUCUUGAAAAAGAGGAGGCGAAAAAACACCAUCCAGCUCAUCAGAAAAACAUCACGGUGCUGAAAGAUGCCCUCAGAGAAGCAGACACUCUUGAGAAAAUGUUCAAUAAGUUCAAUGAAAUUUCGGGACAGAUACUUUUCAGCUACCCUGAGGCUGAGCGUCCAACGGACCCGCCGUGGAGUCUUUUCGAGGAACUCUUCAAGAAAAGGAACGAAUACAAACGUCCUUGGGAUGAUUUGCAAGCACUAGCUCCGAGGCCAAUGUGA